UGAUUAUGACCACUUUUAGAGAAAAAGAACGAGAAGAGAGCUUAAACCAGAUUUUAAAGGAGAAAAUCCAAAUCCUUCAGGAGAAAUAUGACCGCCUUUUGGAUCUAACUGACCAUUAUGAGGAGACGAGAGAGCUAGAGAUUGAAAAUUCGAGAUACUGCUUGGAGAAUACUUCACUUAAAAACCAGCUGUUGAAGUAUCAGCAGAUGAAUUCGGAUCUUGAGCAACAGAAAUAGUCAUCUCAUGAAAGUUUUAAAAUCACAUGAAAAGUUUUGCGGCCAACAAGAAUUUACAGAGUCCCAACUUAAAAUUUCAAAACAAGAAAUUGUGCAAACCAAGCCAAAGUCAAGACACACAUUCGUUAGAUAUUUUGAUAGCCCUCCUGAUAGCUUAGAGAGUGACAGCUAUGAGAAGACCAAUGUGGUAAAGGAAGUUGAGAUUCAGAAGACUCUGCAAAGUCCAAGAAAGAAGAAUACUAAUCAAGAAAGUUUACUAAAAUAUCAAUUAACGAAGCUUGAAUCUGAGAAAAUCAUGUUUGAGACUCAGAAAUAAAUCAUUACUUGAAAAUGAGCAACUUAUUGCUAAAAAUAAAAGCCUUGAAGAGUUCAACCAUUUCCUCAAGAGCCAAAUCCAAGCUGAAGAGAUGCUAAUCGAGGAAUUAUCUCAGAAGUUAUCAACCUGAUCUGACUCCACCUCAGGAUCCUCCCAGAUGAGGUAUGAUGGCAAAUCAUGAGACCAUAGUGGCUUCCAUGAUGGAGCUCCUCAAGGAGAUGCCAUUACUGAUGAGGAUAGUUCAGAUUUGCUCAAUAAUAGCGACUACAAGAAUCCGUUUAAUUCUUACGAAAGCCAGAUGGACGAGAAUGAAAAGUUAGAGAAAUUAACAACCGACAGCUUCUUUAAUGACAGAGAGCCCCUCACAGGAAAACAUUUUGAUAUGAAAGAAAGCUUCCAGGAUGAACUUGAGAGGCUAGGAUUUAACCGAGAUGCUAUGGAUACCUCCAAUGAUUACUAUCAGUGCCAUAGCCAAGAGAGUUAUCAAAGUGAGGCAGAUGAAAGUCUCCUACAAGAUGUAGAACAACGCAUAGCUGUUCUUCUUGAUGGAAAGAAUAUGCAAAUCGAGCAAAAUAAUUCACAAACAUUGUUGGAAGAUCUCAGAGAGGUUAAUUACAGCUGAGAUUCACAUCAGAAUUAUGAGUAUUUCGAUUUAUCACAAUUAAGUAAGUCCGAUGGUGAAGAUGUAAUUGGAGAGGAAGAUGAAUCAGAAGUUCAUCAUCUAUUCUCGAAACUGAAGCCUACUGAAAUACUUGGGCAAUGAAAUAGCUCAAAGGCUAAUGAUGUAUCUCAGUCUGUCAGCUCUAUUCUUUUCCCAGCUCCAAAAAGCAUCGGAGAAGCAUUUUACCAGCAGAAUUGAUUCCUCCGGCCAUGCAUUUCACCAUUUUAUUCUUAAGAGAAUUUAGA